CAGAAAGGACACCCUGAGGAGACUCAGUGGAUUACUGGAUAAAUCCUAUCAUUUUCCCAAUGAAUUUUAUAUUGUUUAUUUUUGUAUCUGGAGUUUUUUCCUCACCGCUCUCCAAUAUGAUUUCCCAUAAUUAUGAGUCUAGGAACAUGAUUCUUCCUGAAAUUAUGUUGCCUGAAAAACUACAUAAAGAGGCACUGGAAAAUAAGGAAUCACUGGAAAAUAGGGAGCCACCAGAAAAUAAGGAGCCACUGGAAAACAAGGAGCCACUGGAAAAUAAGGAGCCACUGGAAAACAAGGAGCCACUGGAAAACAAGGAGCCACUGGAAAAUAAGGAGCCACUGGAAAACAAGGAGCCAUUGGAAAAUAAGGAGCCACUGGAAAAUAAGGAGCCACCGGAAAAUAAGGAGCCACCGGAAAACAAGGAGCCACUGGAAAAUAAGCUACCAGAAAAUAAGCCACUGGAAAAUAAGACAGAUAAUUCUGCUAAUGAGAAGAAUGGCAAUUAUUAUAAAGAUAUAAAACAAUAUGUGUUCAUAACACAAAAUCCAAAUGGCAGCCAGUCUGAAAUAUCCGUGAGAGCAACAACUGAUUUGCAAUUUGUUCUAAGAAACUAUAAACUCAAGGAAACAACUACAUCUCCUGGAAGAGCCACCGAUGAAGAACGUGCUCCCGAACCCCCUCAAAAACAAUAUCGAAGACUAAACAAGCAUCCAAAUGAGCCUGCAUUUUGGACAAUGUUAGCUAAAGCUAUAAAUGCAACACCAGCAGCUGAGGAGCUUGAUGAAAAAGAUCAAUUAUUUCACCCAAUUCCAAACUCUGAUUUGAAUGCUACAAAAGAAGACAAUGCAACACAGCUACAGGAAAUCAAGUUACAAUUAAUGCUGGGCAUCUCGUUGAUGACCCUCUUCCUUUUUGUCAUCAUCUUGGCCAUCAGCACUGCCUUGCUAUACAAAGUGAAGAGAAUGAAUUAUAAAAGUCCAGUUCCGACUGAAUACUCCAUCAACCCAGAGCUGGCAACUCUGUCUUACUUCCAUCCAUCAGAAGGCGUAUCAGAUACAUCUUUUUCUAAGAGUGCUGACAGCAGCACAAUUUGGGUCGCUACAUCUUCAGAAUUGAAAACUGGAGACUCAGUGUCAAAAUCUAGAAUGACGGACAUAGUUUUCAUGGCCUCAGAUGAUAUAGGCAUGAAUGAUGAGUCCUAUUUAAUUCAGAGUGAGGCACCAAAUGAGGAAACUCCCAUGGAUGAAUAGAUGUUAAAUUUGUGUCAGAAAGCAAUCCAUUUCUUUGUGAUUCUCAUUAAGGUCAUGAUUUGGAAACUCUGCUGAGAAAUUUAAAUUUCCUGAUGUCUGAAAAGGAGGACAUAUUCAAUAAAAUUAUCUCAGCCAUGAAAGUUGUAUAAUGGAAAAAAUACAAAAAAUAAAUUAAGGUGUGGAAAACUCAUCCAGUAAAAAUAAUCCUGGACAGUGACUUAUGAAAAGUAUUCACUCUAGGCUGGUUCCCUUUAAAAUAAGAACAUUUAGACAUUCAUCUUGUCUGUAUUCUGACUUUCAGGGUAAUCACCACUGCCUAUGCCCUUCCCCCAAAGCAAAAAGAAACACCUGUUGUGUUUUACUGGUGAAACAGUUGUGCCCUAUCAAGAAAUAAAACUAAAUUAGUACUAGA